AUGUCUAAGGAAGAAAUUAUAAUUGAAAAUUGGGAUCCAAAGCCUAUAAAAAGUAUUCGUUUUGCUGGGCAGAGAUUACAUGGAAAAUGGCAUGAGAUGAUGAAUCCUCUCACGCUAAGGCAACAAACCAUUGGUCGUGAGAACCGAAAUCAAACUAGAUCAACAUUGGUGCUCGUUUAA